AUGGAGGGCACGGCGGGGGACCCAUACCGGCGGCCAGCGCGGCGCACGCAGUGGCUGCUGAGCGCCCUGGCGCACCACUACGGGCUGGACCGCGGCGUGGAGAACGAGAUCGUGGUGCUGGCCACGGGCCUGGACCAGUACCUGCAGGAAGUCUUCCACCACCUGGACUGUCGCGGCGCCGGCCGCCUGCCCCGCGCCGACUUCCGAGCGCUCUGCGCGGUGCUGGGGCUGCGCGCCGAGGGGCCGGGGGCCGGCGGGGGAGCCGCGGAGGCUGUGGCCGCCGGAGAUGCGAGCCCCGGGGGCGUGAGCCCUGGGGACGGGGACGCGGAUGUGGACGAGGAGGCACGGCUGGCGCUGUGUGCCGAGCCGCCCGAACUCACCUUCCGCCAGUUCCACGCGCGCCUCUGCGGCUACUUCGGCGCCCGCGCGGGACCCCGGCUGCCCCGAGGCGCCUUAAGUGAGCACAUAGAGACGCAGAUCCGCCUGCGCCGCCCGCGCCGCCGCCGCCGCCCGUCCCGCGAGCCGGGCCCCGAUGGCGGCCCCGGAGGCGACGCGGACGGCGAGCGCGUGGCGCGGCUGGAGGAGGAAAACAGCAGCCUGCGCGAGCUGGUGGAGGACCUGCGCGCCGCGCUGCAGAGCAGCGAUGCGCGCUGCCUGGCGCUCCAGGUCGGCCUCUGGAAGAGUCAAUCGGGUGGCCACGAAGAGGGGCUCGGAGAGCCGGAGGCAGCAGCGGUGCGGGAGCUGCAGCAGGUGCGGGGCGCCCUGGCAGCGGCCGAGGCCCGUGCGGGACGGCUGCGCCGGGGCCAGGCCGAGGUGCGGAGGCGUGCGGAGGAGGCCCGGCGGGCGGUGCUGCGCAGCCUGCGCCGGGUGCGGGAGCUGGAGGCGGUGGCGCAGCAAGUACCCGGCCUGCAGCGCUGGGGGCAGCGGCUAGAGGCGGAGCUGCGGCGCUACAGGGCAGAGGGUCCCCAACUUCCAACAACUCCCCGGGCCAGCCCAGAGCCAGGAGUCUUGAGUGGGGAACUUGAGGACGAUGGGACCAGAGAUCCUGACGCUGCCCCGACGGGAGCCUCGUCAGUGGACAGCAGCUCCGGGAGCAGAGCUCUGGACGAAGCGGUGGGCGAGCAGCUGUUCCGCUCCGUGGAGGGCCAGGCCGCCUCGGAUGAGGAAGAUCGGGAGGAGGAGAAAUGGCGGGCAGAGCACAGGCCACCAGCGGCCGAGGCCAAGGCCCUGCCAGCUUGGCCCUCCAGCUGCGGGAGUGGGUGUGAUGCCCACACAGCCAUGAAGACUCACCACGGCCCCCCGGGCAUCGCUGACCACACCUGCAGCCCCGGGGAGCUGGAGGCCCCCGGUACCGUGGCACAGCGGCCAAGCACCCAGGGCACUGCCGACCACACCUGCAGCCCCGUGGAGCUGGAAGCCCAUGGCGCUGUGGCACAGCAACCAGGCAACCAUGGCACUGCCAACCACACCUGCAACCCUGCAGAGCUGAAAGCCUGUGGCUCCACAGUGCAGCGGCCAGGCACCCAGGGCUGUGGCGGAAAGGCACCAGGGACCCCAGGAGAGGUGGAGCUGCAGCACAGAGGAGAGACCGAGCUGCUGAGGCUGGAGCUGCAGAUGGUGGAGACGGAGCGGGUGCGGCUGUCCCUGCUGGAGGAGAAGCUGGUGGACGUGCUGCAGCUGCUGCAGAGGCUCCGGGACCUGAACAUAUCGAAGAAGGCCCUGGGCAGGACACUGCUGAGUGCUCUGGACGCUCGCAGGGACCCCACCCACGAUGUGAGCUCCAGUCCCGCGGCCACCCUGGACGCCCUACACCAAGCCCUGGCCAGCUGCGAGCUCUUGCGGAGACGGCCCCCCAGCCCGUGCCCUUCAGCCCCUGUGCUCCCCAACCCCCUCAUCAUCUCCUGCUGA